AAAAAAAAACAUUAUUUAAUAAUCAAAAUUAAUUUAUAUAUUAUAAUAAAUUAAUAUUAUUUAUAAAAAAAUAAAAAUAAAAAUAAAAAUUAAAAUAAUAAAAUAAAUAAUUAAUAUAAUAUUGUUGAUUUUAUAAAUGAAGUAAUUAAACUUUUUUUUUAUAUAUAUGUAUAUGCAAUAAUUGUUAUUUAUUACAAAUAUAUCCCAAUAGAUUUAAAUCAUAAAUAGUAAUAAUGAAAAAUAAAAAUAAAAGUAAUAAAAAACAAUAUAAUAAUUUAAGUAAAGAGGAAGAAGAGAACGAAAUAAAAGAAAAAAAUGAAGAGUAUUAUGAUAAUGACCCAAUAGAUAAAUAUAUUAAAGAAAAAAUAGAUAGUAUACAACAAGAUGAUAUAAAUAAUAACAUUAAAAAAAUUGAUAAUAAUGGAAAUAUUGAUAAUAGUGAUGGCUAUAGCGAAAAUAGUAAUGAAAGUAGUAUUAAUAGUGGUUUAAAUAAUAUCAAUAUUAAUAGUAUAAAUAAUAGCAAUCAAAGUAUUGGAAGUAGUGGUUAUGGUAUAGUUUUACCACAAAAUUGUUAUAGUUUAAAUAGUAGUAAUAACAGUAGUAUCAAUAUUCAAAAUAGUCUAUCAACAAAUAGCAGUGGUAUAAAUAGCGGUACAAAUGAGAGCACCCCAAUCAUAAAUGGUAGUUUACAAGUUGAUGGAGAACAAUUAAUGAAUGUCGGUCAUAAAAAGCAAUUACCAUUGUUUAGGUUAAUAUGUUUAACUAUUUCAUUUCUAGGUGUUCAGUUUGGUUGGGCUCUUCAAAUUGCAUUUAGUACACCAUUGUUUUUAGAAUUAGGAGUAUCACAAAAUGUGGUAUCAUAUAUUUGGUUAGCUGGUCCUAUCUCUGGGUUAAUUGUUCAACCUUUGGUAGGGGUUUUAACAGAUAGAUCAGAGUCAAAAUUUGGUAGAAGAAAACCUUUCAUUUUAAUUGGUUCAAUUUUUAUUUCUGUUGGAUUAAUAUUAAUUUCAAAUGCUGAAUCAAUUGGAACGUGGGUGGGUGAUUCAGAGGGUCAAAAAUCUUUUGCAAUUGCAGUUGCUAUAAUCGGGUUUUGGAUUUUAGAUUUAUCAAAUAAUGCAGUUCAAGCACCCUGUAGAGCAUUAUUAGUUGAUGUAGCAGCUCCAUCUCAACAAAGUUUAGGCAGCUCAUUAUUUUCACUAAUGUUGGGUAUCGGAAAUCUUUUAGGGUAUAUGAUGGGAUCAAUUAAUUUGGUUAAAGUUGUUCCUUUUAUGAAGACAGAUACAAGAGCUUUAUUUACAUUGUCAAUUUUAGUACUAUUAAUAUGUGUAACAAUGACACUGGUUUUUGUUGUUGAAGAAAGAUAUGUCCGUGUUAAUGAUGAUAAGUCUUCAGAGAAUCCUUUAAAACAAAUGCUUAAGGGUUUUAUUAAUAUGCCUUCUUAUAUGAAACGUUUAUGCAGUGUUCAGUUUUUCUCUUGGAUCGGUUGGUUUUCUUUUAUACUAUUUGUAACAACAUGGGUUGGUGUAAAUGUGUAUGGUGGAAAUCCAAAUGCACCAGAGGGGUCUCCAGAAAGAACAAAGUUCCAAGAAGGGGUAAGAUGGGGUUCUUUAGGUUUAACUAUUAGUUCGGGUGUAACUAUAGGUAUUUCAUUAUUAAUUCCAAUAUUAAUAAGAUUUGUUGGAAUAAAAAAGAUAUAUAUAUUUGGAAAUAUUUUACAGUGCAUAUUUUUUGCAUUGUUUUUGGCAAUACACGAUAAAAUAGGCUCAAUCCUUUUAAUUGCUGCAACAGGAAUACCAUGGGCUGUAGUAAUGAUUCUUCCUUUUUCAAUUGUUGGUAUGGGUGUCCAGGAUAAUGAAAGUAGUGGUCUCCAUAUAGGCACUUUAAAUAUAUUUAUUGUUGUUCCUCAAAUGCUUGUAUCUCUUGGAAUCAGCUUUAUUAUAGAUCUAUUCAAAGGAAAUGUUGUAUACUCUUUAGUUACUGGUUCAAUUGCCUCUUUAGUUGCAUCUGCUCUAUGUUUAAGGCUUAUUAUACCAUCACAUGGUCAUGCUCAAAAUGAUAUAGAGGAAAUUCAAUUUUCAUUCAAUAACAACCAAAAUAUAAAUAUUGACAAUAAUGGUAAAAAAUACUCUCCAAUGAUAAAAUCUUCAGACUCAAUAGUUCAUCAAACAUAAAUCAAAUAAAGUAUUUAUAAUAAAAACAAAUAAUUAAAUUAAAAUAU